GGGAUGCGAAAUGGGAGGAUGCUGUAGAUGAAAAUCGGAGGAUGACCUGGAAUUUGAGCAAGAGUUGAUUCCACUCCCAGCAUCCUCCCUGGAACAUUCAGGGGUGUACAAAACCUUUGGAUAUCGCGUGAUCGGUCAUCGGCCAGUGGAUAGGAAGAAAUGUUCAAGGAGCUUGGGAGUGCUGUGUUCUAUGGGCUGGUUUCUAGCUGCAUGACCUUUGCAAACAAAGCUCUUUCGCAGACUUACAACUACAACUUCCCUCUGUUUCUGCUCGUGAUUCAGAUGUCGCUGAUGCAAGUUGCCCUGUUGGGACUGAACAUGAUCGGUGUCACCAAAUAUCCUACUUUCACCUUGAAGGGGCUGAUGAUGCACAUGCCUGUUUCAUUCCUGUACUGCUCCAACGCUGCCCUUGCCCUGGCAAGCCUGCAGGCUACAAGCAUCCCGACAUACGGGGUGCUCAAGCGAGCAGCUCCUCUCUUCAUCAUCAUCAUCUCAGCUGCUGCCAAGUGCAUAUCUCAGUACAGGCAGAAGAUAAGUAGGACAGAAAAACAGGGGGUAACUUCCAACGGAGAGGACGCGUUGGUAUCCGUCAAAGUAACGAGGGAAGACUCCUGCGAGGAGGCGGGGAAGGAGCAGCUCGCGAGCAGUAGCGCCAGUGAAGCAUCGGAGACAUCAGCCAUGACCGUCAUCGGCGUCUUGACGAUAGUGUUUGGAACCUUGCUUGCCGGUUCUUCGGACCUGUUCCUCUCCCCUUCCGCCCUUCAGAUGGCGAUGCUGUCCAACGUUACACAGGCCCUCUACGUCAUACUGGUGGAGGCGAAGCACAAGGGGAAACAGGGGAUGGGAGGAAUGUUCCACUAUGGCAAGGGGGUAGAUCCUACCCUCGGUCUGCUGGCUCACAAUUCCCUCCUUGCUAUCCCGAUCCUCUCGUUCAUGAUGUACCUGGAGUGGAAGCUCCGACCUGGCGCUGAUGUCAGCUACCUGGACAUGAGAGGAGCAGGAGCAGGAGCAGGAGCAGGAGCAGGAGCAGGAGCAGGAGCAGGAGCAGGAGCAGGAGCAGGAGCAGGAGCAGGAGCAGGACAGGGGGAAGGAGAAUGUUUCCUCAACUACUCGAUGUUCCUCUGUAUUCGCAACAAUUCUGCUCUUGUGACUUCACUCGUCGGCCACAUCAAGACAGCAGCACAGACUGGCGUCGGAUUCUUUUUCCUUGCCAAAGACGUACACGCGAGCUCACUUUACAUCUUAGGGGUCAUUCUUAACGCCAUCGGCGGAUUUCUGUUCACCAUGGGGAAGUACCAGAGUGUGCAGUCGGCCGUCAAACAAUUCUUGCAUGCGAUCGGCAGCAUGUCGGACGUCAGGUGGGACUUCAUCAGCAGCAAACAAGGUCUGGAGGAGCUUGAGAGAUUGUUCAGCGAGGACGCGGCCUUGAUAAAGUCGUCCUCCUCCUCCUUCCACGAGUUCCAGGAGUUCUUCGAGAGAUACUGCAAGCACAGGAAGCAGGAGGUCGAGGAGAGGAGGGAGAGGACGAUUAGGGAUCCGCCAAGGCCGUUCGCAUGCCGAGAGGAAGGAGUGAGGAAGCGACUUAUGGACAUGCUUGACGAUUUGCCGGCGAGGUAUGACAAGAGGUACAGGAUCAACUUCACGGUGAUGGUGAAGAAUCGGGGGAGGAGCAUGUUGAGCGAGGAGGAAGUGAAGGAGAUGAAGAGAGGGUUGAUUAUGUUUGAAGACUUUCGGCAGAGGAAGACGUUGAACAAGAUCAAGAAGAUGAAAGAAAGUCAGAGAGAUCUGCCCAUCUAUGCUUUCAAAGAUCAGAUUGUGAGCGCCGUGAAGAACAAUCAGGUUGUUCUAAUUGCCGGCGACACAGGGUGUGGGAAAUCUACACAAGUCCCACAGUAUCUGGUUCAAGCAGGGUUCACAUCGAUUGCAUGUACCCAACCAAGAAGGAUUUCCACCAUCUCUCUUUGCAACAGGGUGUCCUGUGAAAUGCUGAACGAGUAUGGGAGCCAGGUUGCAUAUCAGAUCCGUUUCGAAUCCAACAGGACGGAGAAGACGAAGAUAUUGUUCCUGACAGAAGGAUUGCUGCUAAGGCAGAUAGCUGCAGAUUCUCUUCUCUCGCAGUACGACGUCGUCAUUGUGGACGAGGUACACGAAAGGCAUUUGACUGGAGAUUUUCUUCUGGGAAUCCUCAAGAUGUUGCUGUUGAGGAGACAGGACCUGCGGCUUGUUCUCAUGAGCGCAACGAUCAACGCGAACAUGUUCAGGGACUACCUCGAUGCCGUUGUCAUCACUGUCCCCGGUCGGCUCUACCCGAUCCAAGUCGUCUACCGCCCUGUUGACUUCGACGAGGAUGGGCAAGUGAGAAGAGCGGAGGACUGCAAGGGAAAUUUCGCUGCCAUGGGGGUGAAGGGGCUGACGGCCAAGACCAAGAAGAAGAAGGCUAUCGACCCGAAGCCGUACCUGCUCCUCCUCCAGCUGAUCGACCAGCAGUACCCUAGGAGCGAGAGGGGGGACCUGCUUGUCUUCCUGAGCGGCUCCAACGAGAUCAACGCGAUCAACGACGUCCUGCUAGAGUACGCGAGGGAGACCAAGAGGUGGAUAGUGCUGAAGCUUCAUUCUGCGCUGUCCGCUGAGGAGCAGGACAAAGUCUUCGACCUCCCUCCCCCGGGGGUCAGGAAGUGCAUCCUGUCUACCAACAUCGCCGAGACCUCCGUCACCAUCGACGGGAUCCGCUUCGUGGCGGACAGCGGGAAGGGGAAGGAGAUGGGCUACGAUAGCGGCGUCCUGGUCCACAGCCUGCAGGAGUACUGGAUCUCCAAGGCGUCAGCGGAGCAGAGGAAGGGGAGGGCAGGGAGGACAGGGCCAGGGGUCUGCUACAGGCUCUACUCCCAGGAGCAGUUCGACUAUCUGCUCGACUUCUCCAUCCCUGAGAUCCUCCGCGUCUCACUCGACUCCGUCCUCCUCCAGAUGAAGCAGCUCGGGCUGGGGGACCCGAGGACGUUCGACUGGGUCCAACCUCCUCCUCGAGACAGCGUCGAGUCGUCCAUGCUUGUCCUCCGCCAGCUCCAACUCAUCACCGAGGAGGAGGAGGAGGAGAGGAUCCUGCCUCUUGGCCGCGUCCUGUCCCAGCUGCCUGUCGACCUUCGCAUCGGGAAGAUGUUGGUGCUGUCCUGCCUGCUGGGGCUUGAGGAUGAAAUGAUGACGAUAGCAGCUGGAAUGAGCAUACAGUCUCCGUUCCUCCGGCUAGAUCCGGGGGCGGAGGAGGAGCAGGAGAGGAGGAGGCUGAUGUCGGAGGAGGGGGACCCGUUUACCCUCCUCAACGUGUACGACGAGUGGGUCCUGGCGAAGGGGAGGAAGGAGUCGGGGAGGAGGUGGAGCAGGAGGCACGGGGUGGAGGAGCAGAGGCUAUAUGAGAUGACGCGGCUGAAGGAGCAGUUUGCGGCCCUGCUCAAGGAUGCGAGCUUGCUGGAAGAGGAGACGCUGGUUCAGGCGCGGAACAGGGUGAGGAGGAGCGAUCCCGAGGGAAGGUGGAGGAGGAGGGAGCUCAAGAAGCUGCAGAAGCAGCGCGACGCGAGUAGGAAGACGCGGGUGCUGACGCUGGACGGAGGGUUCAGGACGAUGGUGGGCAAGAAGAAGAGGAAGAAGGGGGGCGAGGAGGAGGAGGAGGAGGAGGAGGAGGAGGGGGAGGGGAAGGUGGAGGAGGAGGAGGAGGAGGAGGAGGAGGUAGACCUGAAAGCUCUGGACUUUGAGCUCUCGCAUGACCUACAGGAGAUGUCAGAAGCGAGCAUGCGCGACUUGCGGAGGGAGCAGGUGAACCUGAUCAAGUUGUCGCUCUCAACCUCCUUCUACCCUAUGAUCGGCCUGCCUGACCCGGAGAACGUGAGGAGGAGGACGGAGGAAGCUGUCUUUAUCACCAAGGGGGCCCCGCAGACCUUUCUGCAUCCCACCAGCGCCUACUCCUCCUGCCCGUCGGUCGUCGGGGCGUCAGAUGUGCUGAUUUACUCUCAGCUGUUGGAGACAAGCAAGAUGUGGCUGAUGAACACAACCAAGUGCCCUCUGCUCGUCAUCGUUCUGUUCUGCUCCAACAGCAUCGACUGCAACGCGUCCUGCACCAGGUUGCUCAUCGAUAACUGGUUGGAAGUUGAGGUUGCGAAGAGGGACAUCACCCUCAAGAUGCUGUACUUGACACAGAUACUCCGACAUUGCCUUGCCGACCGGCUCUCCUCCCUCCUCUCCUCCCCAUCUGGGAGGUUCAGAGAGGAGCAACCUGACACAACUCACGAGCUCCCCGACCCAGCAGCUGUCGACCUCCUUCCCGCUAAGUUGCAACAGCUAGUCAAAGACCUUCAAGACAUGAAGACCCUUGACGAUCAGCAGCUCAGGCAGCAGCUGGCUGCCAUGAUGGAACAAACCGUCGCCUGCUGCUUCAGAGUCCCUUCUCGAUCCAAAGUCCUGUGGGAGCUCCUCUACCCCAGCGUCAGGGGCCUCCCGCAGACCUCAAUGACGAUGAAGAGGUGUAUGCAGGAGGCGAGGUCGAUGGUGGGACAGGAUGGAGAAAUCGAUGCAAGAAGUUUGCAGAGCAGGAAAGGGUAA